ACUCGACCAAGCGUCUCGCCAGUCAAUAGCUAAAGUCGACGGCGGCAUGAGAGAUGGACUGACGGCCUGGCGGAGUCGGGCUGUGUCGAGUUAGUACAAUAAUGGUAGAGGAGGUGUAGGUGGGCGUUUCUAUUUCUGCUCAACGCCGGUUCAAGUUGGCGAGUUGCGCGUGGUCAGCGGCAACCAACUCGGUUGAUCAAUCCAUGGCAUACAGUAGGUAUGGCGAAUGAAUACAAGAAAUGCAUCAUUCUUUGCUGCCACCGCCGGUGCUGAUAUUCUCCUGCCAGUGAACCGUUGAAGUCCCAGAUCCAACUUGAUCAAGUGCCGCAGACUGUUGCCGACAGACCCCCACAAACUGCCAAAAGGCUUCUUCGCCUUUGUGUUUAACCAGCCAAUGAUCAUCAAUAAUGGCACCCCAGCUCAACAUCCCGUAGAGUAGUGCCGUGUAUAUACAGUCUUUAAAAUAAAAGCAAAGGGUCCGAGUCAUCGCUACUAUUGAUGGCAGAGCAGCAGCCAGGAACCAGAUCAUAGUCGAGUGCGCGGCAUUGUCAAGAUGGCGACUGGUGAAAUCCCACCAUUGAAGAUAUGCAUUCUCGGUGCCGGGAUGGGCGGGCUGUCCGCGGCGCUGGGGCUCGCACGCGCCGGGUUCAAGGACAUUACGGUAUUUGAGAUGGCGUCGAAUCUGGGAUUUGUGGGCGCCGGGAUUCAGAUGGCGCCCAACAUGGCCCGGAUCCUGGACCGGUUUGGUGUAUGGAACGACAUCUUCAAGGACGCGGUCGUGCUCAACGAGACCAGUAUUCGAGAGGGUUCGACCGACAAGGAGCUCGCCCACGUUGAUCUCCGGUACAUCCAAGAAAUCUACGGCUACCCGCACACCGUGGGCCACCGCGCCACAUUGGCUGGUGAGCUGUACAACGGCUGCAAGCGAGAAUCGGACAAGAUCGUAUUCGUCUUCGCGACGACGGCGGAAAACGUCCGGUUCGGGUCGAAGCCACGUUUUACGGCUCGACCACGCACCGGCGAGCCCUACGAGGUGGAGUGCGAUGUCCUGCUGGGCGCCGACGGUGUCAAAUCCAACACACGGGUGGCCAUGCUCAAGGAUCUGGGUGUGGAAGCGGACGUCAAGGACUCUGGCCAAGCCGCGUACCGGAUCAUGCUGACCAGAGAGCAAAUGUCGUCGGACCCGGAGUUGCUGGCCCUCAUCGAGGGCGACAAGGCCACGCGCUGGAUCGGGGAGAAGAGACACAUCAUUGCGUAUCCGGUCUCGAACAAGCAGAUUUACAAUAUCUCCACCGCACAGCCAGAUGUCAACUUUGCGGCCGCCCCGUCCGCCACAUACACCACCAAGGGAUCGAAGAAGGACAUGCUCGAGGUUUAUGGUGACUUUUGCCCCAUGAUCCAUCGCAUGCUCAACCUCGUGCCCAAAGAUGAGGUCUGUGAGUGGAAACUGAGAGUCCAUGCUCCUCUGCCGACAUGGGUGCAUGGCAGUACGGCUCUUCUAGGUGACGCUUGUCACCCGACGCUUCCCCAUCUGGCACAGGGCGCUGCCCAAGCCAUUGAAGAUGCGGGCGUCUUGACCGUCGUCUUGUCUCAUCUGCCCGCCCGCGCUACCCCCGACGACAUCCACAAGGCGUUGAAAAUCUACGAACAGAUCCGCAAACUGCGCGCAGAGACUCUGGUCGAAAUGGCGGCCGCAAAUGGGCGCGAAAUGCACCUGGGUGAAGGAGAAGCCAAAAAGGAACGAGACCGGCAGUUCGCCGCCCUCAAGGCUGGCAAAGGCCCUGUCCCGGACAAGUGGGCAGAUGCCGACGUGCAGAAGUUGAUUUAUGGCAUCGAUGUCAUGAAGGAUGCAGAGGAGCUGCUCAAGGCCGAGUCUGAGUCGGUCGGGGCUUGAUGGAGGACAUACCGGGUACUCAUCAAUGGCCAGAUUGUCAUGGCGUUGUCGCCAGUAGACUACGGAACCAACUUUUGUAUUUCCAUAUUGAGUACAUAUAGCAAUUGGAUUCAGACCAUGACAACCAAGCGUCGACUGCAAUGUCUGCUGUUCGAAGCGGUAGUACUGUAGACUGUAUGGGGAGUGUCGCGGCCGACCUAUUUGUACUCAUCGUUACAUAAGCGAAGACUC